GGGGUGGGUCUAUAAAAGAGCAGCAGCCUGCAGCCCACGUAGCCAGAGAAACUACGCUGAGACCGAGGGAAGGAAACACACAAGGAAUCUGCACGGACUCACAAUCACACACCCAGCACAGCAGACGUUGGGACCAUGAAGACGGUGAUGGCCCUGCUGCUCCUCUGUCUCUGUGAUCCUGGACACAGUGACUGCCAGGCAGACUGUCUGUCCUGCAGCAAAAUCCUGCCCAAACAGCUUAGUGUCAACUCUGUGGCCUGUCUCUUAGAGUGCAAGGAAAGUGUCUCCCCUUCCUUCUCCUGGGACUUGUGCCGUAGAGUGCUAUUGCCGCUCUUUUCAUCCCUUGAUGGUGGUGUGAGGAAAAGAUCCCAAGAGGAGGCUGAAGUUCUGUUUCCUGAGGAAGAGGAGCAGAUGGAAAGGGGUCUGGUAUUACCAGUUGCUUUACAGAGGUUCGACCAUGUGACCCGUGCCUUGAAUGAGAGGGAUCAGCUGAGCACUGUCUUCGAUUCUCAGAGUGAUCUGUCUCUUGAGAACGAGUACGAGGAGGCUGAGCAGGACGGCGGAGAUAAUGAUGCCGCAGCAAGAGAGCAGAGUGAUCCGCGGCAGUUCAUCUCCAAGAGGUUUGGAGGCUUCGUCAAAGGGAGACAUGGCUACAGGAAACUGAUGUCUCCAGGACGGUCAUACCAGAAGAGAUACGGUGGCUUCAUCGGUAUUCGAAAGUCAGCUCGCAAGUGGAACAACCAAAAACGUUUCAGUGAGUUCCUGAAGCAGUAUUUGGGGAUGACCACCAGGGCCACUGAGUUUAACAGCGUGUCAGAUGACCUCACCCAGCAGAAUGAAGUCUAGAUCGCUGCAUCUUUAAAGCCAGUGCCAAAAAAAAACCCUUCAUGCUUUCUCUCACCUUGUUUAGUAAUAAAAGCAUCAACAUCUGAGUGUUUAAUUGGUUGCAUCAGAGUUAAAUAAUAAAAAUAAAGUUGAUUAAAAAACGCACGAUUAAAGACUCCUUUGGAAUUCUUGUCAUCCAAAAAUUUAAGAAUAGUCAUUUGUGUUUUUACUCUGUGGUAUUUAUGAAGAUUAUCAAAAUUUUCUCUUAAAAUUUUUAUUGUAUAUUGCCGUUAAAUUGUCCCCAAAUGAAACUCCAGUGAAAUUAGCUAAAAUUACACAUUUUUACAUUUACAUCAGUAAAUUUAUUAUUAUUAUUUAAUUAUUUAUUUUAUUUUAUUUAAUUUUUUAUUUUAAUUAUUGUCUUGGUAAGGAAGAGAAUGUCCUUUCUUUUAUUUCAUUUUGGCACCACCUAGUGGCCACAUUCAGGAACAAGCGCACCAUAGUGGGUAAUUUGGGAUUUUGUUCAAUAAGUGAAAACGUAUAAGAAAACUUUGUAGUUUUCAUUCUGCUCCGACACACACCUCAGACUGGAAUAUGAAGGUAGUUUACACGAAUGAUUAACUAGGACGUUCCUACUAAGCAGUCUUAUUGACUCAUACUGUGUAGAAUUGAGCAUGACCUUUGACUGGCUCUUGUCUUUCCUGUAUGUACAACCUGUCUUUGAACUGUAUUGAUGUAAAAUGUUUCUGCUGACCAAUAUAAAACUUGUAAAUAGCUGAAUUUAAACAUGUCAAUAAAUAUAGUUUAAUAUUUA